GACCCUCCCAGACGGGGCUGGUGAGAAACAGGAAGUCUUUGAGCUGGGAUCCCUCUGCUUUCCCGCUCCGUGAUCCUUCCCUGCAGCAGAAACAGCUCUGCCUUCCCGGCGGGUUCAGGUUUCUCCCCUCUGUUCCCUUGGACCUUAGAUCCCUUUGAAUUCUGUGCUUGCAGCUCCCAGGGAGCCUGGAACCAAGGGAAUGGGCCUUGGGAGCCUCGGACCUCCUCAGGAGAUGGUGACCUUCAAGGAUGUGGUUGUGAACUUCACCCAGGAGGAGUGGGGACUCUUGGACAUCUCUCAGAAGUUGCUGUACAAAGAGGUCAUGUUGGAGAACGCCAUGAACCUGCUCUCCAUUGGUAACGACACUUCCCCUGAUAAUUGCAAGUCUACAAUCAAAGGGAAUAUCUUCAUUCCUCAGUUUGCAGGCUUUGGGGAUGGGGGAAGAGAAAAGAAAGGACUGGAGUUUGCAGUGUAUGAUAGGACUUGGGGAUGUCCUUUGUUGCUCCUGAAACUCUCUCUUACCAAUUCCCAGGCCAAAGAUUAAAUCAAUGUGGAACCAUCUCAAACACAGAACUAAUCUUGGAGAUCAGCCUAUACCUGGACAUGAAUUUUGCCUGCCAAAACUCUGAAAAUUGCUCAGGCAGCUUUUCCUUUCAACUCAUUCCCUUUUGCGAUGGGUCUAUUAUUUGGAAUAUUCUUUUUAACAAGCAUUAAUUUGUAGCCUAAAGCUACAAAACUUGUUCCUAGUAUAGGAAGUUAGUCCUUAAUAUUCCUUGUUAUUGACCUCAAAUUCCAGCACAAGUGAUAGGAAAGCAACGGAAGGGAAUAAGCAUUAUUUUUGCCUGCUAUUUGCCAGGUACUGUGCCAUAUGCUUUCUUUACAACACAGUAAUAACAAUAUUGUUUAAGAACAAUACUAAGUUCUAAGUACCUAAAUAAAGGACAAAACAAGAAAGGUGCAAUUUGCGUCCAGAGAAAAAACUGAUAGAAAUAUGGAUAGCAUAAUUUUAGAUACGUGUGUUUAUUUUAUAUAUAUAUAUAUAUAUAUAUAUUUCUAUCUAA